AUGGUGGAUGGUCUGGAUUUGGCCAUGGUUGAUGGCAUGGGUUUUGAUGGUGGAGAUGAUGGCUUGCUUGUGAUGUGUGGGGUGGAUCAUGGGGGUGGUUUGCUGGAUGGUGGGUCCCAUCUUGUUGGCUUAGGUAUGAUGGGUGGUUUGGAUGGGACGGAUCAUGGGAUUUUGGUGGAUGGUGGGCCCCACAUUGAUGGUUUGGGUGUGAUGGAUAGUUUGGAUGGGAUGGAUUAUGAGAAUCUGAUGGAUGGGUCGGAUGGGGUGGAUCAUGGGACUUUGACAGGUGGUGCCCCCCUUGUUGAUGGUUUGGGCAUGAUUUUUGGUGCAGGUUAUGAGGUUGUGAUGGGUGGUGGUGGUGCAGCUGUUAAUCUGGGUGAUGGUGGAAAUUUAGGUGGUGGUCUUGAUAGUUCUUUAUACUAG